UCAACGUGGGCCUCUUCCAUCCAGCCUGCUUCUUCCACCUCCUCCCACCGGCUAGCGUAGACCCCGUAGGCAGAGCCAAGGGUUUCCGGCGCUGGCUGCAGCCAUGGCCGCCGAGCGAGAGCCGAACCCCUCCGUCCUCGACGCCGUCGCCUCCCUCCAGACCUACUCGACCGCCCUCUCCGCCUUCACUUCCGCAUGGCGCUCCCUCUAUUCCGAUGCCACCACAAUCGACUCCACCCUCGCCUCCCGCCUCGAAGGCUUCUCCCAGCUCGAGCUGCUCUGCUCCGGGAUGGACGGGCCAGGCCUCCGCGCGUACCUCGCCGAGCACAGGGACGAGCUCCGGGACCCCGCUCGCUCGCUCGAUGCCGCCCUGCUGGUGGCCCCCGACCCGGGGCUGCUGGUGCUCGCCGCGGCCGCGGGGUUCUGCCGCUCGCCUCCGACCAAUGGCAAGGCGGACGGUGAAUCCAAGGUGUCCUGCCGCCUGCUCAUCGACCUCCUCGACCGGAUUCGCGCGCUCGGCGUGAAGCCGUCGCCGGAGGCGCGAGAGGAGGCCAGGGCUGUCGCAGCGGACUGGAAACGGAGCAAGCGGAUCGAGGAGCAGUCGCUGUUUAAGAAUGAGACGAUCGCCUUUCUGCUUCUCAUCGGGGUAUUUGGUUUGGUGGAGGAUGUUGGUGGCGCCGCCCAGGUGCUCGAUCUGGUCGUGUCGAUCUCGAGCCGGGAGCGCGCCGUGGAGAUCUUCCUCGGCCUUGGCCUCGACCUCGACAAGCAUAUACCAGUUCUCACUCAGGCAAUGAUAAACAAAGGCAAACAGCUCGAUGCAGUCAAAUUUAUCCAAGCUCUUAAUUUAGUGCACAAAUAUCCUUUAUUGCCUAUUCUUAGGUCAUAUGUGAAUGAUGCGAAAAAUGCUGGGAACAUGAUCCGCAUCAGGGGAGACGGUCCUGCCUCUCAGGAUGCAGGUGAUGCAAAAGAGCGUACAUUGCUCGGAGCAUUGCAGAAGUUCAUUAAAGAACACAAACUAGAAGAACUGCCUAUUUUGGAAGAAGCUAACAACAGAAUGACACUAUUGGAUCUGCAAAGUGCAGAGAGAAAGCGAGCAGCAAAUGCUGCAGCUGCAGCUGCUCGUGAAGUUAGUAAGAACAUUCUGGACUCCAGGAAGAGACCACAGCUUCCAGAGAGUGCCGUACAAGGUUCCUUAGGCCAGAACACCCGCCCGGUAGGAACAUCGAGUCAGGAGCUCAUGUUAAGGCAGAGCUUCCCUACAGUUGGAGUUGCGAACAAGUACCAAGCUGUUUCUAGCCAUAACAUAGUUCCAGCUACCGCUCCUAAUCCAUUGCUUUCUUCCGGGAACCAGCGUCCCAUUGGCAUCCAGAAUCAGACCCUGGCUGCUUCAUCUGUUCAGGCUCAGUACAGUGGCGGCGUGGCAGACUUCUAUAAUUUGGCAUCGAUCAGACCAGGUGGUUUGAGCGUUCCAGGUGCCAGCGCAUCAUCAAGGUCAAAGCUCUAUUCUGAAGAUCCCCUUGCGUAUGUCUCUCGAGCAUCCGAUAAGAAGGGUUCAUCUUACAGUUAUUCUUUGUCUAAUAUGUCGAAGUAUAAUACGUAGAUGAUGCUACCUGACAUCAGGCGUUGGUUUCUACGGAGACCUGCUUAGAUGCUAAUUAUAUUUGUAUAUAUCUCUAUCGAUGCUUUAGUUGCCGCUAUGUAUAUUUAACAAGGGUGUGACUAUAUGUCAUCUAGAUGUGAGAUAAUAUCUCACAUCUAAGUAUAACAUCAGCACUUUUGUGGUCU